UGCGCUGGUGGGCGGGCACCGGCUGCAAACCCAGCCGGGCUCUCGCCGCGGGGCCAGGCCAGGGAAGGGCCAUUUCCUUCCCACGCCAGGAGCCCGCCCUCCGCUCCGCCCGGGAACCGGCCGGCGGGGGCGGCCAGGCGGAUCCGCCCGGGCCCCGGAGCAGCGGUGAGCGAGGCCGGGGAGGGGGAAGAACAGCUGCGCUUGGCCGGGUAAUCUAGGGAAUUAUUUGCAGUCUGGAAGGUGGUUCUCGGUGCUGCCGCUUGUUGGGUCAGAAAGAUGCCUGCUCCAAGAUCAGAAUUUUGGAACUACGUCCCGGAAGAAAUCCUUGUCCAUAUAUUUUACUACCUGUCUCUCCGAGAUAGAUACACAGCCUUCCAAGUGUGCAAACAUUGGGCCGCAGCUGUUUCCGCGAGCUCCGUGUGGCAUUUCACAGAGAUCAGCUGUGAUUCGGAGAACGAGGAGGGCAUGCUGCAGAGUUUACACCAGUUCCUGAGCCAGAUCAAACACCUGAGGAUUGUGUUUGAUCAGUCCAAGGAGAUAAAUCGGAAGAAUGUCACCCACAUUCUAGACAUGUUGGCCGGACAGAACCACAAGCUGCAGAAGCUGUGCAUCAUGUGCAAAGGGGAGAACCCUUAUUUCUACUCUGGCCAGGACAUCCUGCAGAGCAUACGAAAGAUAUGCCAGAGAGAAAACCAAAUAGACCUUCAGCAUAUUGAUUUCCGGAGAAUGCCGUUCACUCUGGAUGACGGGCUUGUUGGACUCAUAGCCACCAGCAGCCCAAACCUGCGCAGCUUGUUCAUCAACAACCGCACUCUGGUUUGCAACGUGAAGCCAGAAACCAUCCAAGAGGUUCUGAAUGUAUGUCCUAAGUUGUCUACCUUGGGAGUCUACUAUGCCAGCCUGUCUAAUGAUGUGUUUGCGGAACUGAUCAAGCCAGAGAGAGGGGCUUUCACACGCUUAGAUAUUUUUUGUGAGCGCUUGGACAAAUAUAUUCCAGUCAUCUCUGAAGAGCUUUGGGCUGCCGUGAUCCAGAAGCAUCCUCAACUCUGUGUAGACCUGGAGUUUGAUCACACAGUCCCUGCCUGGAAGAUACCACGCAUCCUAAAGCCCAAUAUACCCGUGGGUACUUUACAACUGAAUACUUUUACAUACAUGGUGCACCAGGUGAGGUUUGUCACCAGCAGUUACAGCAGGACCUUAACCAGGCUGGUGCUCCACACGACCCCCUCGGACGAUUUGAACGCCUCGCUAAUAGACCUGGCGAGGAAGUGUGUCAAUCUAACAGAGAUUCACUGUUACUGUGUGGUUAGUCAGGAAGUGGUAGAUACCUUCCUCGUACACUGCCCCAGUCUGAAACGAUACACUCUCAAGAUUACCAAAGAACGUCACCCCUGGAAACCGACAGUAGUUCAGUGACGUACCUGUUUCGACUGAAGCCAGUUUGAAAAAAAAUAAUAAUAUGCGGAUACAAAGAUUCCAAGUGAAUGGAGUUUCAGAGAUUUUAGGGUAAUGCCUCAAAAACCACAUCCCAUACUACAUCAUCAUCAUCAUCAGGAAUCCCUCACAGUCGAGGAUGAUUGUCUUUUCACGGAUUGUCCCUUUCAAAUUAUCUGUGGGUCUGCUGAUGGCUGAUAAGGCCUAUUCUGGAGCCACAGACUCUGCCACAUUACAGACGUGUUUCCGAGCAGGACGGGUGAACCUGGGGUAUUGGUUCGGGCUAUCGCAGACUCUUUCUGUUGCUUCCAUACUACUUACACACUCACAUUCAGACACACACAGGAACGUUCUCUCUCCAACCCCAGCCCGACUGCUGUAGAAAGCACAAUUUCUCUUGCUUUGCGGUAGAAAUGGAGCACUUAAAGACAAUCAGCAAAGGGUUUUAAAAGAAAGGGGCUAGUGCUUUGUUUGUUUGUUUGUUUAUUACAUAUAAAGAAAGCAUGAUAUUUAUGGGUUCCCCCCCACCCUCCCCGGCUUUUUAAUUAGCUUAGAAACAUCAGGAAUGUCAUGUUUGCUCUUGGUAUUUCUGGAGGACCUCGGGGGUGGUGAUGAUGAUUUAUUUAUUUACCACUUACAUUGUGAUAACAUCCACAGGACAACCAGGUUGCGGCCUCAUAGUAUUAGGUGCCGUAGAACACCUUAAAUGAAGGGGUGAGGCUGUUGAAACAUUAACAAAGACUUUAUUUAUCCAGAAUGUUAAUUAGUCAUUUGAGUUAAAUAGGUGCUAGCAAAAAUGUACAAAAACCAAAGCGUUUUAAAGAGUGUGACUAAAAACCCAUUCCCAAUGUUCCUUGUCUUGGCUCUUGUGCCAGCACUUCACUAGUUCUCCAGUCAGCAAACCUUCCAUCCUAGAUAGGGCCUGAAUUUCUAGUGUAAAAUAAAGGCAGGGAAACAACCCUUAAAAUAGUAACGCAUAUGCCCUAUUAAUCUUCCUGGCUGAGCAUUCUUUUCCUUGCAGCAAAAUGCAAUUUCCAGAUGAUGGUUUGAGUAUCUCAUGCGAAGACCUCAAAGAAAACCAUUUCCGAGCUAACUGUGCCUUUGUUAUCCCUGGCAUCACUUUGGAAAAGCACGAAUGCUAAUGACACUCACGUUCUCCUCAGUCUUUUCACAAGGGAGCUUUCACUCUUUCAGGAGUGAUAGUUACUUCUCACUUCAACAAAAUAUCCCACAAUCCCACUUCUAUGUGAGAUGAUGUGUGUGUUCAUCAGUCGAAUGUGUCAGAGAUCCCUGGUGUAUAUUGGAGAGAGAUUUUUAAAGCUUGAUUUGGUUUGAAAUGAUCCUGGGCUCUGAUUACAUUGUCAUCAAGUGCCCAGGAAACAACAUGUAGUGGACUGUGUUAACACAACAAAUAAAGGGCGAGAUUGUGGUGCGUUUACUUACCCGAGUGAGCAACAAGUCAUGUCCCAUGGAAGCCAACGAGAGUACUCGCAUGAGUAAGUGCUCACCAACAUGAAUAAGGGCUUCAGAGUCUGGGGCAAAUGAAUCCAGCUGCUCAUAACUAGCAGUGGGUGAAACACCUGGAAUAAUAAUAAAGCAGAUUGUGGCACCCAGGGCCUAUCUAUUUUCAUCAUCUAUUUUCACCCAAUCCAGAGCUGUUUAUCCAAAGUUCACUGAACUCUGGGAUUCAGAUAAUGUGGGACUCGGCUUUGGUUUUGCCCAGCCUGACUAAGGUUUGGCAUGCUUAAAACCAGCCUUGAUUUUGCCCAUCUGGGGCUGCCAAUGUUCAGAACAGGGAGCUCCUAACUAAUGUUUAAACUCAGUACCUUCACAAUCGAUUGUCGGUGCUUCCUGCCAUCCUGCAAACAUGCCAGCCAGGUAUUUUCUUAAUUCAUUUAAGUGAUUUGUUAACCUCCCAGCCUAAGGUGUACAGCGUGUGUUCUCUUUGCAUGACGCUGCAUGUUUAUUCACAGCAUUGUGCGAUCGGCUGCAGUGCAUUUUAAUUCUGUGCAUUGUUCUCUGGGGCUGGUGAUGCCGUUGCAUUGUGCUGAGUUUUUAAGAGUGUGAACAGCACUGCUGAUGUGACUGAGUGGGGGCCUACUCUCAGCUGGACCUGGAUGAAACUAAAUGGUUCAGUCUUCCUGUGACCCACACGCACGGCAAGACAGGCAUAUUGAAAGAGAUGGAGUUAGUGUAACUAAAACAUUGAAAAACAAUGCAAGAUUCACCCAGUUCCCUGGCAAUGGAUGGAUACUCCAGUAAUGUGCCAGCAUUCCUGACUAAACUGUGGACACUGGUGGAAGAUCCUGAAACAAACCAUCUAAUUUGCUGGAGCACUGUAAGUAAAGCUAAUACCGGAGGUCACUUAAACUGCACGGGACAGAAGGACAAAAACAAGUCUAAAGCAUCUAAAAGAUGAUAUUCUGUAGCUUUAUCUAGCACUUUACAUUUUCAAAGUACCUUGCCAGCGUUAGCUGGAAAAGAGUGAAUGUUCUUUAGAGAGACUUUUAUAGAUACUGGAAUAUUAUGCUUGUUUGUGUUAGACAGGCCAAGGUUUUCCAAGUGACUAAUGAUUGUGGUGGUGGUGGGGGGGGAUUCUUGGUUUUGGGUUUUUUUGGGGUUUUUUUGUGUGUCCAGCUUGACACCUUAAAUGGGCCUGAUUUUCUGAAAAUAAGUGCCAACCCUCUGAAAAUCAAGCUCCUUUAAAGGGUCUCAGGUUGGGCCCUCAAAUCACUAGUCGCUUUUACUAAGCACUUGAACUAGUAUGUAUGUGGACACGGUGACAUGCAUAUCUAUUGGCAGUUUGGUUAUUUUUAUUUUUAAUAGGUUUGUUUGUUUUAUUUUUGUGAUGUUUCUUACUGUUUAUCAUUUGGGGCUUUUAAACGCUAAGUGCAAUUAAAGGACUAACGUUGUUUGACUCUAGCAUUUUGAAAUCAUAUUGUGCACUUGACUUUAUUAACAGUUGUUUCAAAUAGACAUGAUUUAUUUUUCAGCAGAGAAUUAUCCAGUAUGUUGUUUAUAAACUCACUUUCCACAAAAGGAACUAUAAUUAAAGCAUACUUUACAAAAAAAUA